CUUCAAAAAAAUCAAGUGUUCCUAAUUGUGGCACAUGCAGUAUUUUAUGUGUAAAAUUGUGUCUUUUGCAUUGGGGGGGGAAAGAGACUGGAUCUUAUUGCCGGUGCUUGGACGCCGCCGGGUGCUCACUGCGCAUGCGCAACGUGCUGCUCCCCGUGAAGCAGGAACGGAACAUCCUCGUUGAAAACCGACAAAGACAAAAGAACCCCGAGAGUACCGGCGAGUCCAAACCGCAUCGUCUUCCGGUUCGUCCCCUCGACCGUCCGGGUCUCUUGCUCUUCUUUGUCACCCGGCUCCACCGACGCUCCCAAGCCGAGCAUGCCGGAGCCCCGCGUGUCCGUGUCGGAGUUCGUGCGGGAGGUCCUGGAGGACUGGAGCUCGCCCACCACGUCGUCCUUCUCGUCCAAGAUGAGCGGAUGCCGGAGCACCGUGCACCUGCUGGAGGAGGCUCUGGAAAGCGACCGCUUGUUACUGCACAAGAUGAAAAAAGCGGCGAAAGCGAAAUACACAUCAGGACAAGCAGAGCACGUGUGCCACGCGGAGCAGUACAUCGCGUCCAUGGAGAAGCUGUCAAUCAACUGCCACGCCGGCGGCGAGGCGGAGGUCGGCUCCGCCUUCUGCCGCAUGGCCGACUUCUCCAAGGAGCUGCUGUCGCCCCUCAAGAACCUGUUGAAGAGCAUGCUCCACAACGUCAACUUCUUCCUGGACUCGCUGGUGAAAGGCGACCUGCGGGAGGUCAAGGGGGAUCUGAAGAAGCCGUUCGACAGAGCGUGGCGAGACUACGAGAGCCGAUUCAAGCAGGUGGAGAAGGAGAAGCGCGAGCUGGCCCGUCAGUACGGGAUGGUGAGGAGCGAAGUGAGCGGCGGCGAGAUCGCCGAGGAGCUGGAGAAGGAGAGGCGGGCCUUCCAGCUCAGCAUGUGCGAGUAUCUGAUCAAGGUGAACGAGAUCAAGACCAGGAGGGGAGUGGACCUGCUGCAGAACCUCAUCAAGCACUUCCACAGCCACAACAAUUUUGUCCAGGAGUGCGUGUCCACCGCGCACAGGCUGAAGCAGUACACGGACCAGCUGAGCGGCGUCCUCGCCUCGGUGAAACAGCGCCAGGACGACGAGAAACGACAACUCGUGUCGCUCAGAGAUCAACUCAGGCCCGCCGUGCACGCCGAGCAGGAGAAUUCGCCGAAGCCCGUGUACAACAUGCAUCAGCUGCUGGGAGAUAAACAGUACGGAACGGAGAGGAUCGGAUUCCUUUACAAGAAGAGCGACGGCCUGAGGAAAAUGUGGCAGAAGAGGAAAUGUUGGGUCGCCAGCUGUUGCCUGACCAUCGCACACGCCACGCCCAACAAGUCCCCCGCCAGGCUCAACCUGCUCACCUGCCAGGUCAAGCCCAGCGCCGACGACAGGAAGUGCUUCGACCUCAUCUCUCACAAUCGCACGUAUCGCUUCCUGGCCGAGGACGAAGCCGAGUGUGUCGCCUGGAUCUCGGUGCUGAGCAACAGCAAACAGGAAGCGCUGGCGGCGGCGCUGGACGGCGACGGCAGGGGCGGCGGGGGCGGCCUGCAGGAGCUGACGAGAGCCAUCGCGGACGACGUCAGACGCAUGCCGGGAAACGACGGCUGCUGCGACUGCGGCGCGCCGGAUCCCGGCUGGGUGUCGACCAACUUGGGCAUCCUGACGUGCAUCGAGUGCUCCGGGGUGCACCGCCAGAUGGGCGUCCACGUCUCCAGGAUCCGCUCGCUCAGCCUGGACAGCCUCGGGACUUCCGACCUGCUGUUGGCCAGGAACGUGGGCAACGGCGCUUUCAACGAGAUUCUGGAGGCCAACCUGCCGAACUCCGCCACGAAGCCGUCGCAGCACAGCCACAUGUCGGAGCGCAAGACCUUCAUCGUGCGCAAGUAUCAGGACGCGCAGUUCGCCCGCCGCCGCAGCUUCGGCCCGGCGACGGCCGUCCGAGUCCUGCAGGAGGCCACCGAGAACGCCGACGUGCGCACGCUCCUGCAGCUGCACGCGCAACGCACGCAACUCUGCCAAGCGCUGCACACGCACAUACAGGAGAAAGGGGAGACGGCCCUCCACCUGGCCGUCCUAUUGGCCGACAGGACGUCGCUGCACGUCCUCGACUUCCUGGCGCAGAAUUCGUCAGUGGCCUCACGCGAAGCACAAAACGACGAUCAUAAUCGCACGCCGACAAGAAGCCACGCGUGUUUCGUUGUUGUCGUUGUUUCGCAGCUCCGGCGUGGACGCGCAGACGGUGUGCGGGAACACGGCGCUGCACUACAGCUGCCUGCACAACAAGAGCGACUGCGUCAAGCUGCUGCUGAGGGCCGCGGCCCGCGCGCACAUCAAGAACAAGUUGGGCGAGACGGCGUUGGACGUCAGCCGCAGGUUGAAGCACGGCCACUGCGAGGCGCUGGUGAGUUUGUCGGCGCUCCGCACCGUCAGCGGUCCGUCCGCUUGAUCGCGCGCGCGCGUGCGUGUGCGCAGCUGCAGCGGGCGCAGGCGGACCACGUCGAGCUCCACGCGCACGUCGAGUACGAGUGGCGCCUUCGCCACGACAACGACGAAGACGACAGCGACGACGGCGACUUUGACCGCAAGAAUGGUCCCGUAAAGAAGGAGCGUUCCUCCUCCUCUUUCUCCUUCCCCUCGCGACCUUUCAACUUUGGCCUCACCUCCUCCUCGUCCGCGUGCCCGCCCGACGGCGGCGGGCUGCUCAGCGUGGGGCGCCGGCUGGCCGCGGCCACGGAGCACCGCGGUCGGCCCCCCGCCCGGGCGCAGAGCCCGCCGCUGCCCCCCAGGGUCAAAGCUGCGGCGGGUGACCAAGAGGAGCAAGAGAGGGAGGAAGAGGAAGUCUUUCCGCUGACAGGAAACAGGAAGUUGACCCCUCCUGUUGCUGUCCGCCACAAAAGGAGCUGCUCAGAGUCUAGUAACCACGAUUAUGGGAUGGCAGGGAGUCACGUGAGGAUCUGCGGGGGCGGCGGCAGCGACGCUUCUUUUAAGAACCCCUCCUCUCUCGACGCGUUGAACGAACUUCCCCUCAGAGCCUAUCGCAGGGCAGACAGCGACACCGGCGACUCCCAAUCGCAACGCGCCGCAAGAACCGACCCCAACGGCUCGCCGCCCAAUCGGCGCUCGCAGAGCUUUGAGAGCGCGGGGCGAGGUCCCGCCCCCCAGCCGCUCCCCCGCAGGUCACUGCCUCGGGGUUUCCGGGGAUCCGCCAGGAGGGUCCGCGCCCUCUACGACUGCGAGGCAGACCACCACGACGAGCUGAGCUUCAGCGAGGGGCAAGUCAUUGUGGUCGUGGGGCAGGAGGACCCCGACUGGUGGCACGGCUACGUCGAAGAGGAACCAGAGCAGAGGGGCUUGUUUCCGUCUUCCUUUGUGCAGCCCAUGUCAAACUGAUGCGAUGAUGGUGCGACACCGGACCUGCAAACGACCACAGAACCCACAACACGCAAAAUGGUAC